CUCAAACAUCAGUGCAGCUGGAGCUGGGCCAGCGGCACCUGUGUCAAAGCCGGGUAAGUGCGAACGCAUACUGCUGUGGCUAGGAAAGGUUAGGCAUGUCGUACGGCACGAGUGGAGACUACACAAGGGUAGCGGAGAGGUGCUGUUGACGACGACUCUCGUCAACAAGAAGAACCCCAACAGGUCUUCGAGCAAGCGCCAGGUCUAUGUUGAGAAUACCGAAGAAAGUGUAACCUCAAAAGCCUUAGAGAUGGCUCACAUAGUUCUCAAGAACAAGCGCGAAAAGUGGGAGAAGGCUCAAGGGCAUUCGGGGCCAGCAGCAGCGGUGGUGGCCCUAGGAGGAAUGCCGACAGAGAGGUAGCAGACCCCGUCAUGGCGGCUUUGCGAGGAGGUGGCAGGACCCGAUCCAGGGUGGUGAAAAUUCAGCCAGCUGAGCCGGCGCUGGGGGUUCGCGAGCACGACUUCAACUUCGCGGUGGAGCGUGCCAAGAAUUUGCUGUCCGAUCUUUAUCCAACCGAGGCGAUAAAACGCGGUGUCUACUGGUUUUGGCCCCGAGCUAAGCAAAGCAAUGCCGCCAGCGAAGAGCUGCUGGAGUUGAUGAGGCAGUACUGGCACACGGACGAGGUGUCACGCCAGCAUGGCAACUCAGCUGAGCGCGACAUGUGGAAGGCGAGUAAGUCUCCUACAGCUCACCGCCACCCUCGGCGGCAGCUCACCGAGCCGGGCGGGGGCGACGCGGUGUACGCCAAAUUUCUCACCUGGGCGUAUUACAAGAGCUUUAAGGAGCGACAGAGCGACGACUUCACUGACCCUGGCCGCACGCUCUUCCUCUCGACGCGGUGCGAGUGCCUGGUGGCGGGAAACGUGGAAACACUGGGCACAUUCUCCGAUGCGAUUGCCUGCCCCAAGGUCAACUUGCGGCCAGCGGACCCGGAGGGUGAUGGUUGGAUGGGGCGGAAACCAGAGUGCAACGCUUUGGACUGCGCGAAGUGUGGGUUCCGGGGUGCUGACGGCAUUCCCAUCUGCAGCAAGCUAGAGAACUCCGAGCAGACGGUGGUGUGGAAGAUUUUCGAGGACGUGAUCACUGCGCCUGCAUCAGCAGNGGGGCGGAAACCAGAGUGCAACGCUUUGGACUGCGCGAAGUGUGGGUUCCGGGGUGCUGACGGCAUUCCCAUCUGCAGCAAGCUAGAGAACUCCGAGCAGACGGUGGUGUGGAAGAUUUUCGAGGACGUGAUCACUGCGCCUGCAUCAGCAGAGAUGGGAAGAUCAAGGCCAAGAAACUCGCCAACCAGACCGUGCCGAAGGAGGGACGGUGACCUUGUCAUCGUGACCGACUUUGCCGAGAAGUACACCCACCAAUCCUUCAUCAGCAUGAUGAUGCCGAUUUACCCACAGACAACGCUCAUGGUGGCCAUCGUCCACUUCAACCCGCAGACGCACGUGGGGGAUGGCAGGGUGCACGUGACGGAAACAUGGAUCUUUGCAUCUGAAAACAUGGCGCAUGACUGCGAUUUCCACCUGCACGGCUUGGCCAGGAUGGCGGACUACUACCUGCGUGGAGAUGGGAGCGAAGCAACAGCUGCCGCCCGGAAAGAAGGCCGGACGCCCAGGAUUUACAUGUUCACGGAUGGAUGCGGGAAGCGGUACAAGGGAAGGCGGAAUUUCCGCUUCUUGGCCGACAGCGUGCGGCAAAUCGGCUUCUUCAUCGACCACCACUUCGCGGUCACAUCUCACUUCAAAGGUUGCCAUGAUGGGAUCGGUGGAGUGGCAAAGAACGCUAUGAAGAGGAGGGAGAUAUUUGACAAGCGAAUCAUGGGGGCGGACGGGGUGGUCAGCUUUUUGCGAAGCUUCUUUCGGGAGAAGGCAGGCAGCGAGGGGGGGGAGGGUAUGCGGAAGUAUUUCGCGAAGUGGUCUCCGUACCGCAUGCGGAGGGUGCACGUCGAGUGUAUCGGCAAGAAGGAGAUAUAUCGGCCAAACUCGGUCCUGGCAGGCAUAGAGGGUACACGAGACAUGUACCACUUCGCGGGAGCAAACACUCCCAAGUGGGAUGGGUCCACCACGACCGAGGGACUCGAAAAUGACUGCAAGCUGGUACGCAAGCGCGAGGGGCGGGAUAGCUUGUCGAGUCAAGAGAAGAGCAAGUUGGUGGAAGUCAAGGUGUUGGGUGCAGUAGCGAGCAGAUGUAAGGGCAAGGGGGCUGGGUUACAGGAUCCGGUGUCGGGGGAGGAAGAUGUGACUUGCAGAAAGGUGAAACGGACGUACAGGCUCAGGACUCGGUUGGCGUCGUGCUUCUGCUCGGCGUGCCAGCGUUGCGAGCAUGAGCAGUGCUACGUCAGCAAGACGUACCCACGUCUCCUUCCCGCAUUGCGGGAGGGCGAAGUGAAGGAAACGGUGAUCAUGGACACUGGAGUAGCGCCCGUAGACGAAGACAACUCCCGGGGGAUCCAGUUCGGGAGUAGGAAGAAGGAAUGCAAGAUUAAGAGAAUUACUGGGACAAAAUGACAGGAAUGCGAAUCUGCAGCUGCGUCAAAGAUUUGGGAAGAGCUUGGUAGGAAGGAAGAGCCCAAUUUUUUGCCCGUUUCGGGAGGUGGGCUGGUUUUUAAGGGAUGUGCUUCUUGUAUUUGCUUGUGGAGCAGUAGGUGGGGUUCAAAGCCCAUUUGGGGUACAACUUGAGGGG